CCAAGCUCAAUGCCUGUGUGGAUAAAUUCUAAAGGAGACAAGCAUAAAUCCUACUGGAUGGCUAAUCCAAUACCACAGGGACCAACUGAGAUGGUCUUCAAGUUACUUUAUUAUCUGCUUUGGCCGUUUUCGAGAUCUGCUCUGGAAGUUGUGAGAUUGCUGGCGCAGAAGACCAAAGAAGUUGAAUUUGAAUUUUUUAAAUAUGUGAAAGAGCAGAAACUGGUUGAAUUAGCAGGCUUGUUGUUGGUGGCUCAUGAAAAGGUUAUGCCUGGUUUAGAAGAACGUAUGAAGAUCCGCAAUUUUGUCUUGAAAGAAGCUGCAUUUCUGAAUUUACAAGAAAUCAGGUCCUUGUAUGGCUCUGGUGAUGAGAAGUCCCUACAAGAGGUGAAAAAGAAGAAGGUGGAGAUGGAGGCAAUACUAUUAUUACUUGAAGUAUUUGACAGAAUUGGUGAUAAACUUUCGGCUUAUGUUCAGAUAGUGCGAAAACUGGUAUUGACUAGUUUUACCUCUUCAAGGAUUGAGGUGGUCACUAGUUUAAACUAAAUCCUAAUAGUUAAACUAGAGAAGCAUA